GAGAGGGGGGAGCUGGGCUGCAGACGGAGCCACUGCUGCUUGGUUUAGCCAUCACUCACACUCUUCUCACGGCUCGAGGAAACUACAGCCUGCCAAGAUGUGCAAAGGAUUAGCAGCGCUGCCCCACACGUGCCUGGAGAGGGCCAAGGAGAUUAAGACGAAGCUGGGCACACUGAUCCAGAAGCACGACUCAGCCAUUGACUUCAUCAUCCCCUACCCUGAGAAGCCAGAGAAGCCGCCCAAGGCCCAGAAGCCAUCACCAGAGGAGGCUCUGCAGUGGCGUGAUUCCUUGGAAAAGCUCCUGCAAAACCCCUAUGGGCUCUCCAGCUUCCUCACCUUCCUGCGCUCCGAGUUCAGCGAGGAGAAUGCCGAGUUUUGGGUGGCCUGUGAGGACUACAAGAAAACCAAGUCCCCUGUGAAGAUGGCAGAGAAGGCCAGGAAGAUCUAUGAGGAGUUCAUCCAGACCGAGGCACCCAAAGAGGUGAACAUCGACCACUUCACCAAGGCUGUGACCAUGAAGAACCUGGUGGAGCCGUCACCAACCAGCUUUGACAUGGCCCAGAAGAGGAUCUUUGCCCUGAUGGAGAAAGACUCCCUGCCGAGAUUUGUGCGGUCAGAGUUUUAUCAGGAGUUAAUCAAGUAGCAAUGUGGCAGGGCUGUGCAAGGCAUCCCCACUGCUUCUAUCUAAACACCCGCCCCUUCUCCUGCAGCUGCUUUGCUUUCUUCAUACCACCCUAGAAGAGCACCCAGGGAUGUUGCUAAACAUCUCUCCCCGUGCUUUGGAUUGUCAGAUGUCCUGGUGUUUCCUCUCUUCCCAUCUCUUUCCUCUCCCACAAAAGACCAAUCGCAGAAAUUCCCUGGAGUUGGGACCCAGAAGGGUGGCAGAGCAGCCCCAGGUCCACAGUGACCGGGAGCCACUUGGGCAGCUGGCACAUCUCUGGCGCUGCAGAGCUUGGCAUUAGCUGGAGGCUCUGGGGUGCCAACGCUGCCUUCUUAGGACUCCUUAGGACAUGACAAUUUUUCUCACAGUUUUGCCCCUAUCACUUAUUUGGCCCAGGCUCGCUCCCUCCUCCCAACUUCCCAGGGUGCUGCUGAGACUGCGCAGGUACCCUACAGGUUCUUCCCUCCCUGGCCAAGGUGCAGGGUGAGAUGUGUCCACUGCCUGAUUGGCAUCAUCUUGUCUUCAGAAAGCAGCCAACCAGCAGGCACAGUGACAGCCGUGCAGGGAUGGAGGCAAAGCAGGGACAGUGUGACAGCCAUACAGCAGGGAUGGCAGGAAUGGCAGUGAUGGCUGUAUGGCAGAACCAGGAGCCCCAGAGUGUACCUGGCAAGCACGAGGGGUGAGCAGAGCGAGCCUGCAGCACCGCUUCCCCAACAGCUCUGCUCGGAGUCAGUGCUGAGACAGCCUGUUUGCUCCACACUAAAGACAGUAAAGAGGGUAAAACAAGACCUGUUUGUCCAAAACACCAGGACUGUUUAGCAACCCAGAACUCUCGCUCUCUCCAACCUUUGCACCAUGUCCUGAGCCCUCAGACCACAGCCCGCGCCAUGUCCCAGUGCCAGUGCACAGCCCUCGCAGGGCUGGUGUCUGUGGCGUGCUGGGAUGGCAGCUCUGGGGGUUGCUGCAGGGGUUUCUUGCUCCAGUUGCUUCUGUCUGCAGUAGGCAUGCCAAAGUGAUACUUCUGCACAAACCCAACCGAGGGGCAUCGAUCAGAGGAGGGAGGAAAGUCAUGUUGGGGAGAAAAAAAGCUGCAAUUGCAGCUGUUCAGAUCCAAUUUGAAAAAUCCAAACCAAACCCAAAAACCCAAACCCAAAUUAAAAACCGUCAUUGGAAACAUGAAAAAUAAACCCCUAGAUUCUUGAACAGAUGCAAACUGCUGAGUUUGUGUAGCCUGCAUCUCUCUCUCCUGUCUCCUCCCAUCUGCCAAGGAUGUGUGAUUCCAUAGGCUGUUUCUAAAAAGACCAGCUCUUUUCUGAUUCAAAGCCAGCCCACUGCUAACAGAAUAAAUCACACCUGAGGAUGGGGCAAGGGCAUACAUGAAAAGCAGCUGGGAUCUUAUUCCAGCCUCGAGGCAAAUGCAAUGAACCACUGCUCCAUAGGGCCUCUGUUUCAUCCCCGUGAUGGUUUCCUGGUGCAGCAUCCACAGGUCAUGGCUUGCAAGGAGCUGCUUCAGCCAGCAACCUGACAGAUGCCAGCAAAAUAACCCAUGUCCGUGCUGCCUCCAGGCAUCCCAGACCAGCCCCCUUCCCUGGGCUGCUCAGCCUCGCUGCAAGUCAUGGGACUCCAUGCAAAAUGCAGUAACAUAAACAACGGAUUUGCCAGCCUCUUCAAGACUCUCAAAAUCUGAUCAAAACCCCACCAGCCCCAAAUAUUUACAUGUUGUCACUAUGGUGAUGAAGAAAAAUACAUCCCGAGCUGCAGGAAGUGGGCUAUGUUUUCCAGGCAGGAGUGGGGAGGCAGGGAAAGGAUGGAGGCAGUCACAAAUGUGACUUUUUUUUUAAACACUGGAGCAAAAGGUCUGGGAAAGUUGGUGCUGGAGCAGCAGGGGUGAAUGCAGGGGGUGGCUUGGGUGCCCCCAAAGAGCCCAAGGGAGCCCAUGAGCAGCAGGAGGGUCCCACCGAAAGGGCGCAGGAUCCCCCAGCAGUGCCCACUGCUCAGAGCUGGGGAGGCAGGAGCAGGGCUGGGCAUGGGAUGGGGAGCUUAGCCAGCUCCUCUGCUGCUGCAUGGUGCUCCCACCACCUCUGCCUGCCCGUGCUCCCUGCACUCUCCCAGCGUCUCCAUGAACUGGUGUCAAUACAAGCGGGUUCAGCACGUUCAAGCUCCUUAUUUACAGUGUGACUCAGAAAUGCAAAACCGAACAGGCUUCCCUGCAGAAAGACCUAGAUCUUUCAUUUCUACUUAAUCCUUUGGCAGCUAUUUCCAGAUUCCCUCACAUGUUUCAGAGUUAAAUGCCACCACCAACGCCAUAAGGUCGGGAUGCUGCUGGAGGCUAUCUUGCUAUGCACUAUCAGAACCUGAGACGUCAGUAGCUACAACAGCUCCAGUAGCGUGGGGUAGGGAGAAGGUGUUUAGGUUUGCAUGUGCUGAAAAGAAAGGUGGAGGCUGGAUUCAGGAGAGAUAAAACUGGAAAUCCCUCCCCAGCUCAAUUUCUGCUAAAAUGCUGGAAGUCUACUUUGAGGGCUGCCAGUGAUCUACUGGGCAGCCAUAAAAUGUGGCCCCUGAAGCAUCUUGGAGCUCUUGGGAAGUUGUGUUUGUGUAGAAGGGUCAUUUGGCCAACUAUAUGAGUAGGCUCUCCCAGAAAGGUGGCAAUGCCUGUACCCAGCCCAUGGCCCAGCUUUCCACAGGCCCAGAGGUAUUUACUGUCGGGCUGACACCAACCAUCAUAUUUCUGGUAGGAAAUACUUCAUGUAUUUUAUCACUCUUGCUCUCUUGAAAUACAGCAUAUAUGACACUAUACACACAACAUGUACAUCUGUAUUCCUAUAGUCUUAUAUAAGUAUAAACACACACACAUAUACAUACAUACUCGUAACAUGGGCAUCUGGAUCCCCUGUGAGUCAGAGAGCCAAAAAGCAGAGUUUCUGGAUAUUGUGGUUGGGGUCCAUCACAGAAAUGCAUGGGUUUAGCAUGGUCCCAGACCCUCUCAAAGGAAACCUUGGUCAUCUGCCCAAGUGAACAUGAUGGUACAUCUUCCAAAACAUCUUCUGGGAUCGCCCUGUGCCCGCAGCCCUGGUCCAUCCUGGCGCCUGAGCUGGUGCAGGAGGCACGUCUCGUGCUCUCCGAGGUACCCCAACCUCUGCUGUGGGGCACAGCCAGAGUCCCUGGGCACCAGGCACUGCCUCCACACCUCCCUGGCGCCCACUCUGUGCCACAGGGACAUGUGGAAAAGGGCUCUCUGCAGCUGCAUCCCUCAGAUUAACGCCAAGGAUGGCUUGAUGUGUGUUUUAUGGUGACUUCAGUGACGAGGAGCCUUGCACCUCACCAGCCAUGAUGUGAACCAUGGAGAGACCAGCUAUUGCCCCAUGUGCUGAGGCAGGGCUCUGCCUCAGCUGCCCGGUCCCAGUCUUGGGGACUGCCAAAGCCUCUGACACAGUGGCAGCCACAGGGCUGAGGGUGUCCCGGGGCUCAUCCAGGCUCCGCCCAGCCCUUGGUCACUCCCUGGAGGGUGCUGUGGCCAAGGUUAGGAGCGAAGAACAGCUCCUCACACCUGCAAGGAGGUUUUUGGUCUGAAAUUUUCUGUGUGAUUUCCACUAGAGAUCUUCAUGUGGGGAAGAUGUGAGGUGCUGGUGUGCAGAGGAACUGGUUGUGUUAACCCAUAUUCUUGUACCACUCAGUAAUCCACACAUAAACAUGUAUUUCUGCUACUAA